AUCUAAAUAAUAUAUGGGCCUUAGGCCCAUUAACGAAACGGAAGAGAGUGAAAGUAAGGGAAGCUUUGUGAUGAUGGCGGAUUAGCGAUUGUUCGACGACGCCGAUGAUGAUGGCGAGGUUUAUCCCUGUAUCGUCUUGUCAGUUUCGUUUCGGCUUCCGCGAGCUUCCUCCUUCGUCGUCGGCUCUCAAUCCAAGACGGUUCGAGGUCUCUCGCCGGAGAUUCCCGAUCAAAUGCUCGUCGUCUGAGUCGGAUGAUGGUGUAGAUUCGGUAUCUAUUAACAGUUCGAUGUACAGCUGGUUCACCGGACUCGGCGGUAUCGGGAUGUUAGACACCGCGUAUUUAACCUACCUGAAACUGACCGGAUCCGAUGCCUUUUGCCCCGUUGGUGGUGGUACUUGCGGCGAUGUAUUGAACAGCGAUUACGCCCUUGUUUUUGGUGUUCCUCUGCCAGUGAUUGGGUUUGUUAUGUAUGGCUUAGUAACAGCUUUGAGUGCACAGCUUGCGGAAGGGAAUCUACCCUUUGGAGUUAGUAAGACCAAUGGGCGUUUUGCGUUAUUUGCCGCCACAACUACGAUGGCAUCUGCUAGUGCGUACUUCCUGUAUAUACUUAACACAAAACUCUCAGGAUCAUCGUGCCUCUAUUGCCUAGUAUCUGCUUUCCUAUCGUUUACUCUAUUUUUCCUCGCUGUAAAGGAUGUGAAGUUGCAAGAGAUACAGCAAGUUGUGGGAUUGCAGAUAUGCUUGGCACUCAUAGUAGUUGCCUCUUUGACUGCUUCAUAUAGUACUGCUCGACCAAUCCCUUCAAGCUCAGGUGACAUUGAGCUGCCAUAUUAUUCAACAGAGAUCACUACAUUAUCGAGCCCAUAUGCUAUAGCGUUAGCAAAACAUCUAAACUCCAUUGGAGCUAAAAUGUAUGGAGCGUUCUGGUGUUCUCACUGCUUAGAGCAAAAAGAGAUGUUUGGAAGAGAAGCAGCAAAGCUACUGAAUUACGUGGAAUGUUUUCCCGAAGGCUACAAGAAAGGAACUAAGAUAUUCAAGGCAUGUUCAGAUGUUGGGAUCGAAGGAUUCCCCACAUGGAUGAUAAAUGGUCAGGUGAGUAAAUCCUCUGAAUCCUUGGCACGAGUUUUCAUCACAUGUCAGUUCCUAUUUCACCUCUUUUAUUGUUUAGGUAUUAAGCGGAGAAGUAGAACUCGCUGAACUAGCGGAGAUGUCUGGAUUCAGCCUUGAUCAGGCAACUGAGGCCAAACCACUUCAGUAAAAUUUGUAUAGUUGCAGGAAUAUGAGGUGAAUGCUCUUUUAUUGAUACCGAUGGUUAUAGGAUGCUCUGUGCCAUUGCAAGUGAUUAUUAUUAUUGCCACAGGAGGUUAUAACUCCAUGUUCUAUCACUUAGCCAUCACCAGAGAAUCACACUAUCAUAUAAAGAUUAUUAGGUUCCAAAACUUGUUGGGUUCUACUAGCAAUCCGAGAACCUGCAGUCAUCUAGUCAUGUCUUUAUGGUAUAAGCCUAGAAUGUAAAUCGGUGUAUUAUGGUGUAAAUGUGUAAUGAAUAGAAGUGAGGUUAAGAGCACACAUGUAUGUAUGUUGUAUUUACAUAAUGAAUUAUAUAUGCGUGUA